CCGCCGAGGGCUUCUUCGCACCCGGGCGCCGGGGCUCUCGCCCUCCGGUCACUUCCACUCAGCCCACCAUGAAGUAUCCCUUCUACCGAUGCCAAAACACCACCUCGGUGGAGAGAGGCAACUCGGCGACGAUGUGCGGGGUACUCUUCAGCGCGGGUGUCCUGGGCAACCUGCUGGCCCUGGGGCUGCUGGCACGCUCGGGGCUAGGGUCUUGGAGGCCGCGCCCGCGGCGCCCGCCGCCCUCGGUAUUCUAUGUGCUGGUGUGCGGCCUGACCGUCACCGACUUGCUGGGCAAGUGCCUCAUAAGCCCGGUGGUUCUGGCCACCUAUGCUCAAAACCGGAGCCUUCGGGGACUAAUGCCGGCGUCCGGCGAGUCGCUGUGCCAAGCCUUCGCCUUCUUCAUGUCUUUCUUUGGGCUCGCAUCGACGCUGCAGCUCCUGGCCAUGGCUCUGGAGUGCUGGCUUUCCCUGGGGCACCCCUUUUUCUACCAACGGCACAUCACCCUGCGCCGCGGCGUACUCGUGGCUCCAGUGGUGGGUGCAUUCUGCCUGGUUUUCUGCGCGCUUCCCUUGAUGGGUUUCGGGAAAUUCAUUCAGUACUGCCCGGGCACCUGGUGCUUCAUUCAGAUGGUCCACGAGGAGGACUCGAUUUGGGUGGUGGGCUACUCUGUUCUCUACUCCAGCCUCAUGGCGCUGUUGGUUCUUGCCAUCGUUCUGUGCAACCUGGGUGCGAUGCGCAACCUCUACACAAUGCACCAGCGGCUGAGACGGCACACGCGCUGUGGCCUCAGGGACCACGCGGAGUCAGGCGUCGGAAAGAAGGAAGCGUCCCCGCAUCCUUUGGAGGAGCUAGAUCAUCUCCUCCUGCUGGCCCUCAUGACCGUGCUCUUCACUAUGUGCUCCCUGCCUUUAAUUUAUCGUGCCUACUAUGGAGCUGUCUACAAAGCCUCUGAAGAAUCGGGCGACCUUCAAGCCUUGCGUUUCCUGUCUGUGAUUUCGAUCGUGGACCCGUGGAUUUUCAUCAUAUUCAGAACUUCAGUAUUUCGGAUGUUUUUCCACAAGAUUUUCAUAAGACCUCUUAUGUAUAGAAACUGGCACAGCCACUCCUAUCAAAUGGAUGUGGAAUCCAGUCUGUGA